UAUUAAGAAAUUAUUGUAACAAGAUAAGUACCGCUGCAAGCGAAAACCAGAGCCCAAGCCCCCUUCCAUUUUAAGCUCUCCCACUCCCUAGCAAAUUUCGUAACAAUUUACACAAACGGUAUCAAUCAGUGUUCUAAAAAUCGGUAACCUGACAUUUUACGGUACGUCCUUUAUGUUGGAUAACUAUACAUCAGUGUUCUAAAAAUCGCUAGUGGUCGGUUAUCUUCGGAAACUGAUAACCGGAUGGCAAUUUCGGACAUGGUAGCGGGCAGCUUGAAAACGUUGUACUUGGUGGUGAUAGCGGUGAUUAAAAUUUGUGGUUUAUUAAGCGGUCGGAAUUUCGGUGGAGUAUUUGUGCUAGUGAUAUCUACGUUGGUGGUAGGAGGCAUAUUGGUGUUAGCGCUGACGUGGGAUGUUUCUAAAAAAGCAACUUAUGUAUUGACACAAGAUGAUAGAGAUAAGGAGGCGCAUGAUGAUCAUGUAUGCCGAGGUGGCAUUUGCUGGCACGGCGUCGCUGUUAAGUCACCGGCGUCUCAGCUCCGGUUUAGACUUGGGCAACGACAACAUCAUUAAAGGCAUGGUAACAAUCCUGGUGUGUGAAUAAAGAUUAGAGUUUUUUUUUUUUGUUUUUUUAUUUGAGAUUUUGAGACUAGAUGUUAUAAGAACUUAAGUAUCUUACUUUUGUUCUUCUUACGGUUUGAAUUAAUCAUCCGUCAUUACUAUUUACUGCUUUCUCCCGUUUGUUCAUACAGAACACAUAUUCUAAUUUGAGCAUUGCAAAAGUUUUCUUCUUAUGUUUUUCGAUUAUAAAAGCGAAAAUUGAAUUAUAAGGCCCUAAACUAUUGUUAACAUUUAUUAUCUAACUACAUGAAUUAAAAAUUCUGUUUUCUGAAUCGUUUAACCCCCUCCCCCCUCCCCUCCCCUUUAAUCUAAAUUCUUUCGUAAAAAAAUCCUAACCGUGUUAUAAUUAGAAAACUAGGAUUCUAACUUCAAGUAAUUUGAAAGUGAUAACGAAAUCCAAACUUAAUAUUUAAAAUUAUUUAAAGUAAAUAUGAAAUUCUAUCAAAUUAGAAGAGUUCUUCUUCUUAUUUUUUAUUUUUUUGAAAAAGAAAGAGUUCUUGAUAGUGAAAAGCAGUCUAAUUAGAUGAGUUAUAAUCAGAAAAAUGAAAAGAAAUGUAUUAAUUAUAUUAGAGUAGUGCUAGGUGCACAUAAUUGUGUACAGAAAAUUUGUACAUAAUGAUGUGGCAGGUGAUGUGGUGGGUUUUAAUUGGGGUGGUUGGUGUAAAUGCAGGGGGCCAUCCAAUUAGAAUCCACCACAUAUCAUUAUGUACAUGUUUUUGUACACAAUUAUGUGCACCAAGCAUUUUCCAUUAUAUUAUUAUGUUAGUUAACUCAUUGCAUGUGAUUAAUAUAUUUUAGUUAAAAUUUAAUAAAACAAAAGUUGAAGAACAAAUAUUGUGGAUCUAAAAUUUAGAACAACCUAUAAUUAAUCACAAAGUUAAAAUUCGGCCGCAGCAACAACUUUAUUUUGGUUUUUUUAGCGUGUGCCCAUGGCACACACUAACAACUACUCCCUCUCUUCUUUUUUUUAACAGUCCACUCUACUCAAAUCCCAUAUAUUAAGAAAUAUUAAUUAAAAAUCAACAUAGUUUUGUAAAUCAUGAAACUUGUAUAGGCUUAUAGUAAUAAUGUCAACAUUGAAAUUUGUAUAAAAUUUGUAUCGAACAAAGAAGAAUGACAAAUAAUAUGAGAAAUUUUUUCUUGGCAAAGUGGACUAUUAAAAUGAGAAGGAGGGAGUACUUUUUACAUAGGUGGAAGAUUUUGAUUGGUGGAGAUUUUUGUCCAUGAAGGGAGCCAUUUUUAUCAACGGUUUUUCUAGUGUGUGCCCAUGGGCACAUGCUAAGCGCGGAGUUUUAUAAAUUUGGGAGGUUUUGAUUGACUUUUGCAUCUUAAUAAUAGUGAACCACCUGCAAAUGCAACAAUCACCCCAAUCAAACUUCCCAAACUUAUAAAAUUCCGCGCUUAGCAUGUCCCCAUUGGCACACACUAGACAAACCCUUUUAUUAAUGGAUGGGAGCCCAUCAAUAUUCACUAACUAGUUAAAAGGUGGUUGUUAGUGUGUGACAGAAUAUCGGUUUUGUUUUAAUCCAUCAGUAUUUUAGAGAGACUUAUUAUACAACUAACUGAAUUAUGAUUCAGUAAUUUUUGCUAUAAAUCCUCAAGACGUACGUAUCUGAAAAGAAGGGGAGACUUUCAUUGUAAUUUGGAUCAAAUACAGUCUCUCUUAGGUACUAUAUCAGCCGUUAGAUGACAUUAACAUCAACAGAACCCUACUGCAGAUCAAGCACUUCUCUAUGGCCGACUCUCAGCAGCCAGCGCCUCGACGCUCCCGCACCAGAGACAUGCAUGUCGAAUAUUGGUGUCAUCAGUGCAACAGACGAGUCAACGGCGAAACUCUCGACGAUAAUCAAGUCGUGUGCAGCCGCUGCCACGACGGUUUCCUCGUCUCCAUCGCGCCCUCUCCGUCGGCUAGCUUGGAAGACAUGCUGCAGCAGGUCAUGCAAGAGCUCCACAUUCAGAACAACGAAGGGCUCAUGAGAAGGGCUCGAGAGAUUUAUCGAGAGAGGGUUCAGAGUUCGGGAGCGGGGCGUGUGGGGAACUAUGGGGAUUACGCGGAUGAGGCUGAGUAUGAGGCGAUUUUGCUUGGUUUGGCGGAGAGUGAUGAUGGGGCGGAUAGGGGAGCACCGCCUGCUGCGGAAUCAGCUGUGGCGGCGCUGAAGAGUGUGGAGAUUGGAGCCGAGGAGGAAGGUGGGGUGUGUGUUGUGUGCAAAGAUAUGCUAAGUGUGGGCGAGACUGCGAGGGAAUUGCCUUGUGGGCAUGCUUAUCAUGGGGAUUGUAUAGUGGCUUGGUUGGCGACGAGGAAUAUGUGUCCGGUGUGUAGGUUUGAGUUGCCCACUAGUGAUCCGGAUUAUGAAGAGGAGAGGAUUAGGAAAGUUUCAGGUGCUGCUGGAGGAUCCCCGAAAGCCAGUAACUCUUUGCCUGAUGAGUAGGUAACUAUUAAAUUGAGCUAGAAUAGUUUUAUGUAAGGAUUAUCCGAGUUCUUUAUAAUUAUUUCUGAACUAAUAGUCAAAUCAUAUAUAUGUUACGUUCUA